AUGCUGGGCAGCCCCGCUGGGCCGGGUGGACCCACCCAGAGAGGAUUAUGGCCCCUGGCGCCGGCCCCAUCAGCCGCCACCUUUCCGACAGACGGCAUCGGGAAAUACGGGGUGUACUCUCUGUUUCCGGGUACGCACACUUUCGGCAACGCCCUGUAUUCGCACGCAAGCACGAUCGGACGUUUCGCUUCCGGCCACAUUCAACAAUCAUCGGGCAACUCCUUUCACACAGCCCAUAAAGUUUCAGACUCUCUAUUCUCAACGACGGGGUACACGUUCGGGGCGCCGACCCCCCCGCCGGGCUCCCCCUACUCCCCCAUCCCGGUGGCGCAGCUGGAACUGCUCACCAAGGGCUUCAACUCCAACAUAAUCCAGAUCCAGCCAGACUACCCGUCCAGCCCGAAAAAGGUGCAGAUCCAGGAGAAACGGUGCGACGAAAAGUGCUGCAAUGUCAAGCAGAAAUCCUCCUGCAACUGCCCCGCCUCCCCUGUUAGGAGCCUCACAGGGUGCAGCAGGACCAACCCCAUCGAAUGGAACGGGGUAAACGUAAAAAAGGAACCAGGCACUCCAUGUCAGGUGGCCGAGAUCUCCACAAGCGCCUCUCCCAUGGUAAAAUUGGAGGUGACUAGUCCAACACAGAAAAACACCGAAACUACUAGUAUUAUUAACAGCUCCCUGAUAACCACCAAUGAAGCGGCUAACGCUAGCAUGGCCACCGCGAUGGGCGGAACUAUCCUGCAGUGCGCCGACGACCGCUCGUCCUCAUUGGCCGGCUGGCAACUGGGCGGGGCGCACGGAAACGCCCUCGCCACGCCCACUCUCUGGCAGUACCCUGCGCCCAUCCCAAUGGAACCGAUGGUUCCCGUACCAACCAUGCCCACCCACUCUGGGUUCCAAUUAAUCAGGGAUCCUAACACUGGCGGGCUACUUCUUAUACCCACCACGUCGGGGAUAGAAUCCUUGCAGCAAGCAGUAGUUUGGCCUAGCUACCCUCAGCCGCCUUCGGUGCUGUUGCCAUCGUUACAGAGCCUCCCACCGCCACCUUUGCAACUGUUGAGCUCUGCCUCCGAUUACUUAUCGAGCAGUACCACUCUUCAUCAGCACACGCAAACGCAUAGUACCAGACUCGUGGCGGUUACAACGGAUGCCAAAAGAAAAAUACCCAUACCGGCUACGACGUUGAUUAAGAUCGAAACCGAUCAUUUAGAUCAAACUAAGACUCUACAAGCCGUCAGUACCAUCGCCAGCAAUACUGGUACUGUAUAUACAGACCCAAACAUGAUGACAACGCAUCUAAUCUACCAACACCCGACAAACUUGAUUCUAUCGCAAACACCGACAGCUGAAACCGCGUGUAGAUCACAAGCUACAUCCCCAGUGGCGUGUCUAACGCCUCCCCCAGAAAAUGUACACAUGCAGGAGGAGGAAUGUUUGGUGCAAGACGCCAGCAACCAAACUGACACCCCUAUAUGCAGUGAAGAUGAUAACACCACUCACAUGGUGUCAGAUGUAAUAGGGGAACCCAAAGAAGUACUAGAAGACGAGGAACAGUUUAAAAGUGUAGUGGAGGAAGUAGUAGAGGAACCCAUAGCAAGGGUACCCACACCAGUAGCAGUUGAAGAACCAACGCCAGAUUUAAGCGGUUUGGAACUGCUUUCAAACAGUAUUGUGGAGUUUGAGCGGCAAGCCGAAGAGGAACCAAAAGCAAUAGAAGUGAUACCGGAAGUACAGCAAACCAUUGAAUCUCCUCCAGUUGAAGUGGCAACAAAGAAAGAGGAAAGUCUUGGGGGUCUCGACUUGCUGUGUGCUCUUGCGGAGCAAAGAAUAAUGGAGGAAUCGACGGAGAACCCGAAGGAGGAACCUGUGCGAACGAAGGAGAAAAAAGAACGUCGCCGGGAGAAGCGCAAGUCGAAAAAACACUCGUCCGACGAACCGCGGCGAAAAAAACUAAAAAAGCAUCGAAAACAUUCCAGUGACUCCGAAAAGGUUCGCAAGUGCUCAUGUCAACGCGACGAGUAUCACUCGUAUAAGAACCUUGAAAGCGAGCAAGAAGUGAAGAAAUUUAUAGAAAGCAAAACGCACGGUCAUUGCUGCAAAGGAGAUUGGCCGUGUAUGAACCCGAUGGAGUUGGAUAUGAGGAUGAAGCUGGCCGAUCUACAAAGGCAAUACAGAGAGAAUGUGAAGCAGUUGAACAAGUUGAAGCCAAAGAAACAUCACGAAUGUUCGAAGAAGAAACGGAAGAAGUCCACGCACGAACGAAGUCUGACACCGCCGCCGCAGCUGGAUAAAAUUGAAGCUGUGAAGCCCAAAAACGUGUCGGAGUUACUUAAACCGCCAACACUGUGUCCCUUUGAAAAACUGCCAGAGAUAGAAACCGAUGUAGAAUCUUCGUCAUCAUCAAAAAAACGCAAGGUUGGUCGACCAAAAAAACUCUCCUCCGAGGAGUUUAACUCCACAACAGAAACAAUAGUGGCCAAAAAACCUAAAAGCAACAACAUAGUCGGUUAUCUUUUGGCAGCAAAGGAAAAACUACAGCUUCAAAAGAACAUGUAUUGUGAUAGCCCUCCUAGAUACAUUGAAGAAAGCCCCAAGUCUAAGAUUAGAAACAUCAACAACAACAUCGAAGAAAAGUCGAAAAUACGACCCAAGUUGAGGGCAGAGACCACCCUUAAAGCGUACAUAGAUGAAGAAAAUUAUGACGCGGAAUCUGAAGACGACGAAAUCGUCGAUCACAUAGAAAUCGACUUGGAUGAAGCUAAAGAAGUGGAAGCAGUAGAAAUGGAAGAUCAAAAACUCGACGACGAAGAGGAAGUUUGCGAGGAAGUCAAACCUGAAGAUUCCAGAUGUACCUUGACGUCAGAGUUGCUUGAAGUCGAUAAGUUGAGAGUUUUGACAGCCAUGGGCGGGUUGUUCUACGCUGGUUGCCUUAAUGCAUUGGAACCACCAGAUAUCUAUUCCAUUACCUUGGACGGGGAACGAGGAAAUAGGCCUCACAUUAUGUCCAGGGAGGAAAUAUUGAGGGAUGCGAUUGUCGAAGUAUCCCCAAAAAGUACUGACGAUCUGCCAGUAGGAACCCGUUUGUGCGCUUACUGGAGUCAACAGUACAGAUGCCUGUAUCCCGGAAGUGUUGCCGAACCCGGAACUCCCGAUCCCCAUCUGGAUGGCAAAUUUGUGUCCGUUGAGUUCGAUGAUGGAGACAGCGGAAGGAUUGCUCUGGAGGACAUCCGGUUCUUGCCUCCUGAUUAUCCCAUCAUAGAAUACGAUCCAAACCCCUUGCUAAGCUUGAGCAAGCGAAAACGCCGAGCUUCGACGAGCGUUUCAGUGGAAGAACGCCGAUCUUCAUCUUCAACCAACCCGGAAUCGCCCAGCGACUGCAAAAGCGCGGAUCUGGACAAGGAAAACAAAACCUCCAACAAACAAACCGAGUUGGAAAAAAACACGGAGUACAAGGAAGCGAAGAAGCGUCUGAAGAAGAAGAAGCGCGAUAAAUUGAAGCAGAAGCUCAUGCACGACGACAAGAAAAAACGGAAGAAGCACAAGUGCGUGGAGGAGCAUUGCAAGCACAAGAGGCAUCACAAGAAGCAUAAGAAGCACAAGAAACAUCACGAUAAAGAGCGGGAAGAUGUAAAAACCGUUGAAGUCGAUAGUAAAAGAUUGGAUACCAUUGAGGAGGAUGAUGUUGAGGAAGAAGACACCUUCGAAGAAGAAGAAACCACCAUUGACGCGCCGGAAUACCACGUGGUAGCUAACCCAGAUGACGAAGUCACCAUGGAUGAUAUUUUGGAAUCUGAAGAUGUCAAAAAAUCAAAGAAAAUCCGAAAUCGACAAGAGUCAUGUGAAAGUAGAAGCAAGAUAAGUGCAUUUUUGCCCGCAAAUCAGCUGUGGGGCUGGUCUGGAAAAGGUUAUAAAAGAACAAAGGCUAAAGGGAGGUCCAAGAAGUGUUUCUAUAGGUCAAUACAGAGAGGAAAGGAAACAAUUACUAUUGGAGAUUGUGCAGUGUUUCUAUCAACUGGAAGACCAGAUAGACCAUAUAUUGGAAGGAUAGAGGCCAUGUGGGAAAUGUACGGUACCAUGAUUGUUAAGGUCAAAUGGUUUUAUCACCCAGAAGAGACUGUUGGGUGCCCUUUAAAUUUGCAGUACCCUGGGGCCCUGUUCGAAUCCCCCCACUCGGACGAAAACGACGUGCAAACCAUAUCCCAUCGGUGCGAAGUUGUACCCUUAAAAGAGUAUCGAGACAGGCUGGGUAACGAUCCUCAACGUUAUGCGACCAUCUACGACAACAACGACAUCUAUUAUCUGGCCGGGUACUACGACCCCGGCACCAAGAACCUCAAAAUGGAGCCGGGGAUACCCUUCUCGAAAGAGGAAACAGAUUGA